AUGUGGAGUUCUAUGAUACUAUUGGUUAUUGGAUCACUGAUUCUGCAAUUUCUGAUCUCAACGGCUUCAGCCAACGACGUCGUAGUCCUCACAGAUGACUCUUUCGAAACAGAAGUCGGUAAUGAUCGUGCUGCUCUCGUUGAGUUUUAUGCUCCAUGGUGUGGACAUUGUCAGAAGCUUGCGCCGGAGUAUGAAAAAUUGGCAGCAAGUUUUAAGAAAAUCAAUACCAUUUUGAUUGGAAAGGUGGAUUGUGAUGAACAAAAACUCAUUUGCACUAAGUAUAAAGUUUAUGGUUACCCAUCAAUUCAGUGGUUUCCCAAGGGAUCACUAACACCAAUGAAGUUUGAAGGCGCGCGUACCGCUGAAGCUCUUGCCGGUUUUAUAAACAUGAAAGCAGGUACCAACGUGAAGAUACUUUCUCUUCCAUCUAGUGUGGUAGUUCUCUCCCCUGAUAACUUCGAUAAGAUUGUCUUAGAUGAAACAAAAGAUGUUCUAGUGGAGUUUUACGCACCAUGGUGUGGUCAUUGCAAAGCUCUUGCUUAUACUUACGAAAAGGUUGCGGCGGUAUUCAGGUUGGAGGAAGAAGUAGUUAUAGCUAAUGUCGACGCUGACGAAUACAAAGAUUUGGCUGAGAAGUAUGGUGUUACUUCCUAUCCCACGUUGAAGUUUUUCCCGAAGAACAAUAAAACCGGCGAAGAUUAUGUUGGUGGUCAUGAAUUGGACGAUUUCGUAGCUUUCUUUAACGAGAAAUGUGGCACUAACCGUGAUGAACAGGGUCGACUUACUGCUAAAGCUGGCAUAGUAGCAUCUCUAGAUGACUUGGUGAAGGAGUUUGUGGUUGCGGACGGCGAUGAGAAGAAGCUUCUCUUUUCCCAACUUGAAGAGGAAGUUCAAAUACUUAAGGGUUCUGCUGCAAGACAUGGCAAUCUCUACUUAAAACUUAUGAAGAGCAGUAUGGAAAAGGGUGAAGAUUACGCGAGGAAUGAGAUUCAACGUCUCGAGGGUAUGCUUCAGAAGUCAAUAAGUGCAGCCAAGGCAGAUGAAUUUACACUCAAGAAGAACAUUUUAUCUACCUUUGUUUGA